GCAUGAAGUUUCAGCCGUACGAGGCACGUUUGAUACCAUCGGACCUUCGUCACGAUGAGUGCAUUCUGCAAGUGGCGGAUAGUCUCGAUCACCUCGGCAAAGUCGCCAACACAAUUCUGGAUGGUCUGCAGCAACGGUUGAAUGAGUACAAGGGCCGCCUCCAGAGCAUUCAAAAUCGUGCAGAGUUGGCAAAAGCCAAAAUUUCCGCCAUACGUGGCAGCAGCAAAGCGACAAAGGUUUUCUCCAGUUACAAAUAUCCUGCUAGCGACACAGAACUUGCUCAAGAACUACAGUCCUUUUUGCCAGCUGUGCCAUUCCAGCCAAGUCACUUGCGCAUCCGAAGUCAGCACGUGGCCCCUGAUGAGCGACUCCUCAAGGAGAAAUUGCAGUUCUUCAAUGUUCGGCCACCUGCCAAGGCUAACUUGACUGCCUCAAAGCCUGCCUGGCAGAACGAGGAAGGCCUCGGCAGGUUGCCAGAAAGCACAGAAAGCAUCGGCAGCUUGCUUUUAUUCAACACAGGGGAUAACCCGUACACGAGGUAUGUACAGCAUGACCCGCUGGGCAAAGCCAAGAGAACAACAGCUCGGACGGAAGAGGCACCAGCAGGGCCAGGGCUCCUUGGGGCAGCUCCAGCUUCGAUGAGCGGCACGGGACAACGCGGUGCACCACAGGAGGGCUUCUUGUACAGCCCAGGCAUGGGUCAGGUGCCACAAAUGGAUGCCCCUGCUGCCCUUCCUCAUCUGCCAGGCAUAGCUGAUGACCUUUCGUACUCCGAAGAGUUGGGACCAUCUAUUGCACCGUCGUGGCUUCCAGAACUACCUGAAGUACCAGCUGAUAGCUUUGAGGAUGUCCCACCAUCUCUCCCUGAAGUGGGUUCUGGUGGCCUACCACCACUGGAUGGCAGCGCUGAGCCUGUAGUGGACUGUCCACCUCCCUUGGAGCCAGAUGAAGUUCCAGAACUGCAGCCUGAAGAGACUGUGCCUCAUGAGGGCGAUGCAAGUGCUCUAGAAUCAAGUACCAGGUCGAGUAAUGCAGAAACACGUGCAGAGUUGUCGCUGCCCAUCACGGAAGAUGGCAGUGCCCGCGCCAGCCUGCUGGAGUCCAUUCGGCAGGCCGGUGGCAAGGCAGGCCUCAAGAGUGUGCGUCGGCCACAGCAACAACGCAAGCAGGUGGUACCAGCUGGUGGGGACCUCAUGUCUGAUCUGAAGAGCAAGCUGCAGCUUCGACGCAGAGGUAUCUCGGGUGAAACAGACCAUACAAGCAAACCAUCGGCCCCUGCUGAAGUCACGUCACCUUUGGACAGAGUGCUCGAGAUGAUCCCGCCGCCUAAAGUGGAGUCUGAGGAGGCCAGCACCACAGACACAGAAUGGAACGACUCGGACUAAAUGGGGCUGUCACCACAUUUGCUGAUAAAAUGUCACUUGCCUGGAGGCUUUUCGAAAAAGCAGGCCGACUUGUCUCUCUCUUUUUUGUUGCUAAUCUUUUGGCAUGGGACUUGGCAGAAUAAUCUGCAUUGAUUGGUGUUGUUUUACAGCAGUAACCUGUAGCAGCCAUCCAAAAGGAUCCAAGACUAGUGCACUUUUGAAAUGGGGCCUGAACUUGAAUGUGCUGAUACGGCUUCCAUGGAAAAACAUUGCAACAAAUAGAACAAGGAAAAGAGCGCAGGACUAAGUACUGACAACCAACAGGUGUAAUUAUUUUAAACACACAAUAUGUGCUUUAAAAAAAAAAUUGAAGCGCUUAGGAAACUUUACAUGAAAAUUAGCUCAUGCAUCCUUAAGCAAUCCGAAAACAAGAGCUUCGAAUUGCUGAGAGACAGGAUAGUUCAUUUCCUUGUUGUUUAGAGUUACUGAUGAUCAACCGAUAUAUGAAAGGCCCUUGUGACGCAUAAUAAAUGCCCUGAUUUUGAGAGUGCCAACAGAGGCUAGUGCAAAAUAUAUGUUCCAUGAAAGAUAGAUUUACAUUCUUGUUCAGCACAAUAUGUGGUCAAACUACUGCCCUUCUUCAUUGUUAUCAUGCGCUUUACAGCUUGCCGAUUCUGUUUAUUGUGCUGUUUUCUCAUGAUGUGCCCUUUUAAAGAAAGUAAAGCUGCUGAAGAAUGGCAUUCUGUAUAUGAAUGACUACGCAGAAGGUAAAGAUACAAAUACAAAGCUUUGGGUCGUUGAUUUCUCUGGUUAUGUGAAUAGUUAAUAGGGCUAAAAUAUAUACUCUAUUUUACGUCGUAUUUUGUCUUUAGCACUGUGAACUUGCUUACAGCUAUGCUGGAUGAGCUGCUUGUAUUUACUGCGUUAGUGCAGUUAACCAGCAAAACUGCUCACACUGGACUUGUGAAAACCGCUUGUCAAAUGCAAACUGAUGUUUCUGUUUGUGUUUUAUACAAGCAAAUUGCUGGUGCAUGCCAUACUGAAGUGGACCAACUGAGGUGCCAGUUGUCUUGCUGUUGUUACAGCAAUAAGAUAUGUAUAGCUUCAGUUAAAGUACAAAGAAUCCUGUCUUUCUUUUUUUUCUGAAGACACACACGACUUGCGACUUUAAAGUAUUCUUGCUGUUCCAAGAAGUUAAGCAUAUAGUGUGCAAGAAAAUGUAAGCUAUAGCCACAUACAUUUGUACAGCUUCUGGUGGAAAUUUAAAGUGCCUGCAGCAUCACAACCAAAGCUGUCCCUGAGAUACAGCUCGUAUUGUCACUUUUUCUUUUAAAUGUUGGCUGUUCGUUGCGUUACAUAUUGUCAUACGACUGAAUUAAACUGCAUUCCUUACA